AUGUUUGCGCGAACAGUAGCUUCAUCCCUCCGGCAAGCCGCCCGGCCUGUCGCCGUCCGCUCAACAGCUCCUCUCUUCCGCACACCAAUCUCCCCCCUCACACCCUUCCAAGCCCGUCUUCUCUCCGACCAAACCCGCUCCGCAAUCGACAAAGCCGUAUCGUCCGCCCCCGUCGUGCUCUUCAUGAAGGGAACACCCGAGACACCGCAGUGCGGCUUUUCGCGCGCCGCCAUUCAGAUCCUCGGUCUGCAGGGCGUCAACCCCGAUAAAUUCGCCGCUUUCAACGUCCUCGAAGAUCCUGAGCUGCGGGAGGGCAUCAAGGAGUACUCCGACUGGCCUACGAUUCCUCAGCUCUACGUCGCGAAGGAGUUUAUUGGUGGAACGGAUAUUCUUGUUUCGAUGCAUCAGAAUGGUGACUUGGCCAAGCUGUUCGAUGAGAAGAAGGUUAUCCUUGAGGGGGAGCCUGAGCAGAAGGAAUAG